AUGGCACAGGCAGCCUCUAAAACAUGUGAGAUAUGUAUAAGUGCUCCAGGAUCCCAAUACUGUUUGGAGUGUGAACAAAACUUUUGUGAAAAUUGUAAAACUUUUCAUAGUAGGCAGAAGAUAUCAAAAACUCACCAGUUCCAGUCUUCCUCUGAUGUAAUCCCGGAGGGUAAAUCGAAAUGUAAGGACCACAAUGAAGACUUCAGUUUUGUAUGCAAAACAUGUGACGUAGUAGUGUGCAGUAGUUGUGUGACUGGCAGUCACACACGGCAUGCUUUUUCCAAGCUUCUGGACAGCAUUAAACAGUUAAAGGAGAAGAACACAACAUACCUACGUAUAAGAGUACAACAGUCAACACAAAACAUGAAGCAGAUAGAAAAAGGUAUAAAGGAAUUUGAUGUCAAGGUGGAAGGAGUAGUCAAAGCUAUUACAAAAGAAGGUACACAACUUAAGGCUAUGGUUGAUAAAUGUGUUGCAGAGAUGAUUUCAUCGGUCAAUGAUCAAUCUAGGAGAGAAAAGGACAAAUUGACAAAGAUCAUGGCAGAUACUAGAAUGGAUUUGGAAGCGGGAAGCGACUUAGACAAGAAAAUUCAUGAACUCGACAAGAUCAGAAACGAUGGAAAAUUGUUGAAGUCUUUACAGAAGCUUACAGACGACAUCGCAAAGCUGACGAUAAAGCCUAUACCGGAGUUUCCUAAAAUAAAGUAUACUGCUAAGUCCGCAACAUAUAACGACGUUAAACAACUGUUUGGUAACUGCAUAAUCAGUGAAAUGCGUACACAACAAAUCAUGAACAAAGAAAGAGAAUUACCUUCAUUCAAGAGAUGGCGUUUCCAAAAAAAUCCUAAAUCUCAGAUGCACGCUCCACCUUUAAAGAGGAGGAAGAUAAUAGAGAGACAUUCAAAAUCAUUAGUAAAAUGUAAACUAAACAAAUACCAUGGCAAAAGUAUAAGGAGACAAACAACAGGGCACCGGUUUACACGGUUUACACGGUUUACAAUAUAUGAGGUAUAUCAGAGAAUAGUAAAGAGACAGUCUGUAACAAGCCAGACAAAGAAAUAG